CUGCUUUGACGAAUACGUGAGUCGGCGGUGCGGCAGUUACGUACAUACCGGCCGGUCAGCAAACUAGGUCACGGACAGAUUAUAGUGAAUUGUGUCAAAAUGUCAGCUGAAAUAUCUGUGUAAAUUGCGGACACAAUCACAUCUACACAGAAGUAGCAAAACUACACGAGAAUGCAUGGAUAAUAAUGUUUUCUGUGCUUUGUUUAAACCUCAGGCCCUUCAAGAGAUCGUUACAGAUCUUUUGUCGUAGCAGGCAUGUAUGUGUAAGCAUCAUGAUACCUCAUCAACAUCAAAGAAGUCUGCUGAAGGAAAGAUGCUUAAACAGAACACAAGUGCUACCACAAUUACGUGAAGCACCAUCAAGAUCUUUUUUGUCAAUCCUUGAUAAACGCAAAGAAUAUUCAGAAAGAAUAAUUGUUGGAUACUCGAUGGAAGACAUGUAUGAGGUCGUCAGUAGUGUGGAGAACUACAAAGAAUUUGUACCAUGGUGCAUCCGUUCAAGCAUCAGAUCAAGGAAGGCUGGUCAUUUCAAAGCAGACUUAGAAAUUGGAUUUCCACCUCUAGUUGAAAGAUAUACUUCCACAGUAACUGUAGUUAAACCACACCUAGUUAAAUCUGUGUGUACUGAUGGGAAAUUAUUUAACCAUCUGUAUACAACCUGGAGGUUUGGACCAGGCAUCCCUUAUAAACCACAUACAUGCACCAUAGACUUCUCUGUAUCCUUCGAGUUUCGUUCUGCUCUUCACUCAAAUCUCUCAACACUUUUCUUCGAUGAAGUUGUGAAGAAUAUGGUGAAAGCAUUUGAGAAACGGGCCGAGAAAUUGUAUGGUCCACAGACGGCAAUACCAAGGUCCGACCAACUGAGAUAUACAUCGUCAUGACGGUGAUUCUAAUUUACAACCAACUAGUUCACAGGAUAAAUUAAUUUACAUGUACUAAGCAAAUUGAAUUGCUAUUGUUGCUCUAUAAGCGUGUACUUCAUGCGGUAGUUGUGGCCUUUUAUUAUUAAUUUUUAGGUUCAACUUUUAACUUGGAAACAGAAAUUUUAAUCAUACUUGACUCAUUCACAUGCAACGAGACUGUUUGAUGUACAGACUUGAAAAAAUAUCUACACUUGUGAUUUCCAGAUUGGUUUGAUUUCACAUAGAUUGUCCAGGAUUGUUUAAAGUGUAAAGGGAAAUAAUCUAGAAUCAAGGUAAAUGCAUAUUUCAUCAUGAACAUUUACGUUUCACUGUCAUUUUUUGUAGAAUGUUGCACCAUGUGAUGAUAGGAUCUGUAACCCUAACUCACCAUGUUGUGCAAAACCCUUGUAAAACCUGAGAGAUGGAGAACACCUGAAAUUGAAUACUGGUAUUUUAUUGUAAUUUUAAUGUUUAAGGUGAAAGAUAACUUGUAACUUCUUCCUCACCCAAUUAAUGUUCAGUUGAAACAUGUCAAGAAUAAAAAUUUCAAAUACAUGUAUCAUUGCCUUGGACAAAAGGCUCAUUUCAAAAGUACAUGUAAAAAGAUAGCUGUGUUGCAUGAAGUAGUAAUGGAUAUUAGGUUCUAAAUAGUGCUUUCAGCACUGAUGUAUUUUGUACUCUUUAAACCCAUUUCGUUGUCUGCCGAGCAUGAGUUUUGAUAGAUUGAGUAACACUUCAUUAAUGUGACAUAGCAACGGAGGCAAUUUUGAUUUUACACAUGUAAAGGACCAGCAUUUCUGUUGAAUUGAUGACAAAUGCCGAGUUGGAACUUUAAUUUGUCAAGGUUUACUACAUAAUUUAUCAUUAAAUAUCACGUUGACUUUCUUACAUACGUUUUGAAAUCAAAUUAAGCUUUUAAUCAUUUUAAAUUAUUUCAAAUGAGAAAAUUACACUACAAAAUAUUCUGUAAUAUGCAUAUACAUGUACAUGCAAACUGUGUAAUUUAUUAACAUAUUUGGCAAUUUAUUGCUGCAGUGUUUUUAUUUAAAGGAAUAAAUGAAGUGUACAAGUCAGUGAAAACCCA